AUUUUGUAGCGAGGUUCUGAGCAUUGUCUGUGUUUAACCUUGGUUUCAGUCAUGUCUGGUCGUGGCAAACAAGGAGGCAAGGCUCGCGCCAAGGCCAAGUCGCGCUCGUCCCGCGCUGGCCUCCAGUUCCCGGUAGGGCGAGUGCAUCGCUUGCUGCGCAAAGGCAACUACGCGGAGCGGGUGGGGGCUGGCGCGCCCGUCUACAUGGCGGCGGUCCUCGAGUACCUGACUGCCGAGAUCCUGGAGCUGGCGGGCAACGCGGCUCGGGACAACAAGAAGACGCGCAUCAUCCCUCGUCACCUCCAGCUGGCCAUCCGCAACGACGAGGAACUGAACAAGCUGCUGGGCAAAGUCACCAUCGCCCAGGGCGGCGUUUUGCCUAACAUCCAGGCCGUUCUGUUACCAAAGAAAACCGAAAGCCACAAAGCCAAAAGCAAAUAAAUGCAGACAGACAAACCAAAGACCAAAGGCUCUUUUUAGAGCCACCCAA